UGUCCUCAAGGACAAUACGAGGUGUGUGUCGUAUCUAACCCAGGACACAUAAACGUUAACAGGAUGAAAAGCGCGCUGUAAUUAUUUAGGUUUGCGCCUCUGGAGCCCCGCCCAGUCUCGCGGCGUUGAAAUGAGCCUCCUGCGUCAUGUGUCAUGUCAGACGCGCGGAUCCGCUCCUGACAGCUCCGUGUUGCCCUUCAGAUUUACACCGCGGCCGAGUGAUGACUUCAGCUCCAUCGAUCUGUUGUGCAAAGAGCAGCGUUUAAUGGCUACCGCUUUGCUUAGGAGAAGUGCGUCUUCCACUCAAGCUCCACAGGAGUCGUAUAACACGCCUCUCCCGGUGGCCGAGGUUGCGCAUGGAGACGUUUUCAGACCUCAAGAGCGUCUCACAGGGAGGAGUAGAUUUAAUGGCACCCCACCAGAUCAGCACACUCUGAUGGAGAAAUACAUGCCCACUGAUUUCCAGACCAUGCCAGAGCAUAAGAAGUUUAAUCAGAACGGUUUCAUGACCAUGGAACAAGAUUCACCUUACAGCAUCAACAUGAACGUCUUCCUGCCUGAAAUCCCAUAUGUGCGUUCCGGUCUCUGUCGACCAACAAGGCAGACGAUGGCUCCACAGAUGAAAACAGAACCCAUGCAUACAGUCAGCUACCCAAGCUGCCACAGCACCGUCCAGUCAGCUCCUCCACCCUCAGAAUACUCACACCACUACAGCCCAGCCAGUGGAACGUGCAGCUCUGCGUUCAUCAAACAGGAGACACCUGAGCUCAACUAUCAAGAUGUUCCUCUAUUCCAACUUCUGAAUUCAGACCUAGACACUGUAAUGUCUGGUCCCUUGUCUGGCAUUUGCUCAUCAGGGUCAUCAUACAACAGUAUGAAUUCAUCCAUUACUCAGAUGGCACGAAGACCCAUGUGUGAUAUGGGCACUUGUGGGUCUUCACCUGCCGGUCACUUUGGUCGGCAUCACAAGCAGCCGAAUAUGCCAUAUCUCCCCCCCUCCCCUCCUAACUCCGAGCCCAGCAGUCCUGACAGGAGAAAAGAUCUCUUACACAAGCUGUCUCCUCCUCCCUCAUAUGCUGCCAGUAUUGCAUCUAAACUGGUAGGGCCGGCUUUAGGCCCUCAAGCAGCUGUACCAGUACAAACACAAGCGGUGCCUUCCAGGCACAACCGCAGGAACAAUCCUGAUCUAGACAAGAGGAGGAUACAUCACUGCAAUGUCCCAGGUUGUAAGAAAGUCUACACCAAGUCCUCCCAUCUGAAGGCACACUUACGGACUCACACGGGAGAGAAGCCAUACCAGUGCUCCUGGGAGGGCUGUGAUUGGCGCUUUGCCCGCUCCGAUGAGCUGACACGCCACUUCAGGAAGCACACGGGUGCUAAACCCUUUCACUGUGCGGUGUGCAGUCGCAGCUUCUCACGCUCUGAUCACCUGGCCCUGCACAUGAAGAGACACCAGAGCUAGAACCACAGUGCUACACUGGCUUUCAUAACUCCCUCUCUUUCUGUCGGUAGAGCUUGGGUGUGUUGUGUUUGCUUUGGUUUUGGCAGCUCAUGAGGCACAAGUGUUAAACUGUGUUGGCACUAGACCUGUAACCCUGUGGAACACAACUACUACAUGAUGAGGAAGUUUUUUCAUCAGUUGUUUUUUUUUAGUAGUAGUAAUAGUAGUAGUUCAAGUAGUUUUUUUUUUAAAUCCAAAUAUGUGCCUUUUCCAUAUUUUCAAGCGUAAAUGUUACUUCUUAAAUCCAUUGCACCUUACAGUUCAUUUCACAUUUGUUCAAGUAAAGCUGAAAGUUUAACUUAUUUGGAAAGCCCUGAGGCGUUAAUGAGAUUAACGGCCGAUUUCAUCAAAGAGCAAGUUGAGUAUGAAGUGUUUCUUAAAUUCAGGCUGGAGGAACUGACAAAACAAAGAACUGAAUUUGAAAUGCCAAAGAAAGAUAUUUCACUUAUUUUUUUCCUGUGCUCUUGUCACCGCUAAACGAUUUGAACCAUUUCUUCAGGUUUUGUUUUUGUUGGGGAAAAUGUUAUUAUUAAUCAAAGCACAUUUGUAUGAGACUUUACAUAUUUUAUUUGGGACUUUAAUAGCUUUAUGUGUAAAUAUUGUCGUUUAGCCUAUUAUUUAUUUCAUUUCAUUUCAUUUAUUUUAUUUUUUUCAGAUUAAUUUUUUUACUGUAUAAAGUGCUUCUCUAUGCACAUAUGUGAAUAUAGCUACGGGAACGAUGGUUUUAAUGCUGAAAAGAUAUCAUUUAGAUAAGUUAAGACUUAAAUGCUAGUUUUUGGAUAACGUUGCAUAGAAUAUUGCAUAGCUAAAGCAGAUAGCUCUUCAUUUUAUAUACAUAUACAGUAUAUAUAUAUAUGUCAAGCUUACAGAGCGUUGUAUCUGUAAUGUCAAAUCCUCCGAUGAAGGCCUGCUCUCUUAGUGACAAUGUAAUAACGAUAGCAGAGAUAAUAUAAUGAAUUCUGACGAAGGACCGUAACAUCUAAUGGCUUUUAUAUGGUUCACAUCAGUAUCUAAUUUCACAAAGUCAAUUUUUGUCUUGCAUUAAAAUCAGAAGCUUUAAAAUACAGUGAUGCAUUUGUAUUUGGACAGCGUUUGUGUCACAGAUCUCGUACUUCAUUAGCAAUUCAUGCUUCGUUAUUUUCCACAGAAUAAUUAUGUGUGGAUAAAUCACAGUAACAGCCUUGCUGUACAAGUAAAACUGGCAUGUCCUGCUGCUCUGUUCCUAGCCAUUGUGUCCUGCCAUGUGCCUUACCACACCUGCCACCCUUUAGGCACAUAGCUGAAUGAUAACAGGUGUGGUACAAUUACAGUGUAAUUAAACUCAAUUGAUACAGCUAUCACUACUGGUUUUGAAAGAGAACAGCGAUAUUAUUAAAGAAUUAGGUGUUCUUUAUGUGCCGAUGCAAGCCUGUAAUUAUCAAAGCUUUAGCGUGUAUAGAUUUUGUCGAAUGUGCGAUAUUAAAUCAAUGUUGGUCCAUGUCUUUUGUAUUAUACUGUAUGAUAGAAUCAUGUAUCAGAAGACAAAUCAAUGAGUGUAGAGUCGAUUUCCUGAACUUCAUAUAGACUUAUUUGGAAGGUUUUAAUUAGGCUGUGAGAAAUAAAUGGACGAACAUGAUGAGUCGGUCUGGAAGGAAAGCAGUGCAGUUUGGUUAAUGAAGCUACAGGCCAGUGGCAAGUGGCAGAUACUGUAGUCUCUGAUGCUGGUUAUGAUCAAGAUUGUAAACAAAAAAAAAAAAAGUAGGGAUGUAAGUUACUCACGGUACAUUUGAGAAUGAAACUAUUAUUGCUCCAUUUCUGAAAAUUGUCUUUUGUUUGAAGUGCUUCACUCAACGUGGCUUUAUGUGUGCAUGCAGACUAACUGGUUUUACAGUGAUUUAACCUUUGAAAUAAUUGAUGCAGCCCUUUUCAUGGCUAUUUGUUUAUUCUAUAUUGAAACUAAAAGAUGGCUUUAUAAUUUUCUAUAAUUGUCAGUUUAUGGGGAGUAAAAAAAAAAGAAAGCAAAAUAAGAAUAGCUAUUAGACCAAAAAGAAAAGGUUAGUCCAUUGUCAUUAUAGAGAUUUGAUGUACACUGCAGGGUUAAAUCCAGGUAUCGUUGUCUGUGAUACAGCCGCACCCUGUCUCCUGUGACGGUUCUGUUGUGUUCAGUAGUUUUUGUCAAGCAGGAUUUAAAAAGUACUUUUUGUUCAUACUCUUAAUGCAGCUUCUCAGAAUCCCAAGAGGAAACCAGCCACCAUCAGCCCACUUAAAUCAGUCACGUGUAUUCCAUACAAAAUGCAACUUUAUUAACUUCCAUGCCUCCGAUUAGAUUAUCAUACAAAUAUCAUGUUAAAACUCAAUUUAAAUUCACAGCUCAAUCUUUUAGGGAAUAAAAGGAAAACUACAGAGAAAACCAAAAGCACAUAAUAUCUAGACACCUUCUGGAGAAUUAAAAUAAAGAAUAAACACUUUUUUUUAUUAUUAUUAUUAUUAUUUGAAAUGAAGACAUUCUGUGAUAGAAUUCAGUGUGAAGGGAUUCCCUUUGAAGCAAAGCAGGGCAAAAAGUCACAAACUCUGCAGUAAAAUGAAAAGCUCUGAAAUAUAUAUUUACAAUACACAUACACUAUACAUAAAUAUAAGAACGAGAAUCACAGAAUAUCCGAAAAAAAAAAAGACAAAAUAAAGUAGAUAUUUAGAUUAAGAAAUGAAGUUAAUAUUGAAACAGAGGCAAUACUGUACAGAAUAAAUUGAAUACAAAUCAGAAACUAGCUUUCACAGAGAAAUGAACAAAGCCAAAUUGUCUUUUUUUGUGCUGUAGGUUCGCUCUGUAGGCACCGAAAUUCAGCUGUAAGGUGCCACUUACUCAAAUUCAGCUCUGUGUAAUGUAUCAAAGAGGUAAAAGUCAACCUUAAUAAUGGAGAAACUGUGUCCUUCAGUCAAGUUGAUAUUGAAAGGUAUAAGGUGUAAGGUAUAUCCAUCCAAAUCCUCCCAAGGAAACGCUUACAGCUUUGCUCACUAAGUGAUUAACGGGCAGAUGUUCACAGCUCAGUAAGGCUCAGUGCUUUACAAACAGGCUUGAUACUGUACAUUAGGGUCUGGUAUUUUGUACAGGUUUAUUGGUACCGGAUGCACUUUUUUUUGUGCUUAUGGCAUCUUUUGCCUUUCUGCAUGUGCUUCUUGUAUAAGAUAUUAGGCACUAAUCAUUAUUGCAUAACUUUGACCCUGUUCA